CUUUAAAAUGGUGCUGGAUAAUUUCCUAACUGAUAUUUUGUUUUUGUUUCAGGGACAAUAAAAACUACGCUUCUAGAAGGAAGUAAAUUCAAUGUCACGUGGCAUUUAGGUUAUCCCCAUAAGGGAGGAUUCAAAAUUCAACUGCUUGAUCAGUUGGAGAGGCCAGUACUAGACUUAACUCCCACGAUACAAGGGUCGGAGUUCGUAUCAAAUGAUGCAACGGCCCAAUCGUACCAUGUACAACUACCGACUGAUUUCACGUGCGACAAUUGCACACUAAGACUGCUCAGGCAGGCCAUGGAAUGGGGGCCCAAUUACAAAUUCUGGUCAUGUGCCGACGUAGAUAUUAAGCCAAGACGAAAAUUCAGGGAAAUAUGCAGUGGACAUGGAAGGAACUUCGUAGGAAAAUGUAAAUGUGACAGGUUAUACUAUGGAGAAGUAUGCCAAUUCAGGAAUGAAUGCUUCGAAGACAGCGACUGUGGAGACCAUGGAAAAUGCAUCGACAUAGGAGCUACUACCGCUCCCAGACAACAGUGCUACUGUCAACUGGGAUGGUUCGGACCUGGUUGCAACAAAAAAUCCCCCGUAAAAUCGACUGAAAUCGACUUCGAACUCUACACCGAAAGAAAAUUGAGCGAUACAUUCCGACUGUACUGGAGGAUAUUGAAAGAACAUAAAGAAAUCGAAGCUAUUAUGGUUGUCAAUGGCACGAGCUGGGCAGGGUUGGGAUGGAGACCGAAAUCACUCACCAAGAGCUGCAAGAAUUUCCCGCAGAUCGGUCCCAAAACUGACAGAACUUCACCUGCUUCUGCAAAAGCAGAACCGGAACCCAGCAGUGAGCCAGAGCCCAAAAGCGAACCAGAACCUGAGCCAAAAUCUGAACCUGAGCCCACCGCCGAACCAGAGCCUGUUUCGGAACCAGAACCCACAACUGCAGAGCCCAUCGCUACAACUACCACCAAGUAUAGAAAGUCACUGUAUGCGAGGAGAUCUGCCCUACCAACACCACUGAUCAGGACUGCUGCUCCAGCUGACGCAGAGGUCGUGGAAACCAGUGUUUCGUUCAAAGUUACAUCCAAGCAAGGUCGCCGAAAGAGAGAAAUAUCAGAACCCACAGCAGAGCCAGCUAGUGAAGAACACGAAGCCACGCCAGAGCCAACUGCAGAGCCAGAACCCAAAUCAGAACCCGAACCUGAACCUACUUCUAAUCCUGAACAUACUCCUGAACCUAAAUCAGAGCCUGAACCUACCGCUGUCCCAGAACCUGAACCAAAGUCUGAACCAGAACCUACCGCUGAACCCGAACCAAAAUCUGAACCAGAACCCACUGCUGAACCGGAACCCAAAUCAGAACCUGAGCCAAAAUCCGAACCCGAACCAAAAUCCCAACACGAACCAAAAUCCGAACCUGAACCGAAAUCAGAACCUGAGCCUGAACCCCAGGCUGAUCAGCCAAGAUCCGAGCCUGAACCCAAAUCCGAACCUGAACCCAAAUCUGAACCUGAACCAAAAUCCGAACCCGAACCUAGUUCUAAUGCACCAAAUAAGGUACACGUUGCACCAAGUGGAAGUAGUUCAGGUAAAGGAACAGUUGAGGAGCACAUGGAUCCAUAUACACCACGACAUGAUUUCAAUCCGAUGGACUGCACUGAUAUUAUCAUAGGAUCUGCCAGAGGUACUGCUAGCAGAAUAGCUGAUUACUACACCAGAGACAGGUCAACACCUCGAAUGGACAACUACUGGGGAGGCAAGAAUGACAUCACAGCUGCGAUGGGCUUCGAAAAAGAUGGCGUCACUACAAUACUGUUCAGGAAAAAACUAGAGGCUAAGGAACCAUCAGAUCAUACGAUCGAAGAAGACUUCAUGCAUGUGAUCUUCGCUCAAGGGCAAGAACUAGGAAAAUACGUCCACGUGCCUAAAUCAGGUGUUGAAGGUGGCCAGGCUUCAGUGAAAGAUUUCUACAAACCAGAUGAACUGAAAUAUCAUGGACACAAACAGCAAAGAGGAGUCGUCAGUCUGAAUUUCUUUGAAGAAAAAAGGAUGGUAGAGCCCGCCGGUGCAGCCGCAAACAGUCCAAAUUCCGAAAACUCAGACUGCGGAGGCAUCUGGAAGAUACCGAAAAACUGCAACCCAGACAACUACACCUGCGAGUACUCAGCCAAAUGGGAACUGAUACCUAGAAAGGACACUAUCAAGUUCACCAUCACAACCAAACAUACGGAUACCUGGACUGGUAUCGGAUUCUCGAACAAUGAGAGGAUGUCACAGACAGACGCAAUCUUGGGAUGGGUGGAUAAAACAGGCCGCAGUUUCUUAAUGGAUACCUGGAUCCUUGGGUACCAGCCCCCGCUGCUUGACCCAAGUCAGAACAUCUUCAACACCAGUGGAAAGGUGGUAAAUGGAGUAACAACACUUUCCUUCUCCAGGAAGAGGGCCAGCACUGACCCCAAGGAUUUUUCUUUCACUGACGAUCAGUGUUUGUUCAUGAUGUUCCCUGUCAAGGGGGGAGCGUUCAACAGUGUCAAUAAGAAGAUCAGGAAGCACGAGGUGGUGCCUGCUGUGUCAACGGAGAGGAUUUGCAUCAGAUCAUGUGGAAAUGAUGAAGACUACGAUGAAUACCAGACCACAACAGAAGUUCCUGGAAUAGCAUACAAUGUCGAAGUUAAGCUGGUAGAGCUUGGUGAAAACUUCAAGCUGCCCAAGGCAGGAAGUUUGCAAUACACAGACCUGACCAACUCAAUUGAAGAGAACUUCAAAUCAUUAUUCAACAAACUUCCUGGUUACAGGAGAGUUAUUGUUGAAAAUAUCAAACCUGAUGACAGAAGCAUAGUUGCAGCCAUGAAUUUACAAUUGGAAAGACCAUUGGCUGACAAAGCCAGAUCAUUAGCUGAGGACACCAGUGCAAUGGAUGAAAAAGUCAAAAGGGUGGUUAGAGAGAGCAUAUCGUCAGGAAAAAUAGGAAACCUCAAGGUUGAUCCACAAUAUCUGGUUAUUGAACCACAAAAAUAUAUCUCGAACGCCAUACCGGAUGCUUCCACCACCAAGGACGACGGCUUCUUCAACCUCCCUGAGGCGAAGCUCUACAUAGUCCUCGGCUGCAUCGGAGCACUUGUCCUGGUGGCCAUCAUACAAGCCGGAUGCACCAUUUACAGAGCCACGGCGAGAUCAUCGGCCAAUCACAAGAGGGUAUACAGCGUCCAGCUAGAUCCGGUAUAUUACCGCCAGGUGCAUGAAAGCCUGCCCCACUACGCACUGACCACCAUGGAAAGAAAUAGGCAAAGGUGGUAGCUACCAAAAUUUAUACCCUACAGUCCCCCCUGGUACCAGGGCUUAGUGGGGGACCACCUGAUUCCCAACUCAGCCUGGAAGGAUUACUCAGCUAACACCAACUACGCCUUCGACGCAUUUGAGGCCGAAGAAAAGAAGCACCAGCAGCACCCACAGAACCACCAGAUGAAUGGUAAUGGCAAGUCAAGGAACCACCAGGAAAGACCGGAGAGGAAUCACGAACGACAAGAACCCGCGCCAAAAGCCAGAGAAAGACUCCAAAGACCCACAGCCAAGCCACCUAGUGUGCCCAACCAAGCACCUGGGGACACCAGGAGUCUGCAGAGGCCCAGAGGUGCUUAUCCAAGCACCACUAUGGAGAGAGCCACCUUCUCGCUCCCAAGAACGGCGUUUGACAGAAAUCAUAGGAAUGCGCAUGAUCUGCAACCUGACUUCUAUUUCAUGCCUUCGCAGAGGAAAUAUUCUGGGGAAGUAGUAAGAGUUUACGUGGACUAUAACAACCAACCCAAAUAAAGUGACAAGUGACCCGUAAAGGGUGAAGCUGAUCUUCGACUGCUUAUAUGAACUAUUAUUCUUACGAAUAGUUCAAUUUAUAAAAAUUGUCCAUAGCCGGCAGUCGACUUUAUUUUGACUCAUUAACUAGUCCUUCAUAGACUGUUGGUGUUCUAUCCACCAGUGGUUUUGUUUUCUGUCUUUAUUGACCAACAUAUAAUGCAUGACGAUAAGAAAAUAUCAGAAUGUUGCUGUAAUUUUAUAUAGUUCCGUUGUAAAUAGCUUGUUUCAAAUAAGAUUGCCAUUAUAGGACUAUAAUUAACGAGGAGGUUAGAAAACCAUGCCUCGUUUUUUCAGAUGCAAGUUACCUUUCAAGUUGAGUUACACUAACCUGUAAAUUCAGACGUAAAUUACUUGUCAAACUUCAGGUUAACUAACCCAUAAUAACGCUAACGCUAUUUUCAUAGGAUAAAUUAUCCUGUUCGCGUUUUGUGAUGUUCGAUGUUUAUUCUCAGGUCAUGAGCGACAAAUCGUUUUGAUAUUAAGCAAAAUUCUCUGGUAAAGUUGACUACCGUUUUAUAGUAAACCUAACAUUGAGAGGCGUUUUCAACUUCGUUUUUUGAUAAUAAGGUCAAAUGCCUAAGAAUAGUAAAAUGUUAACGAAGCAGUCGCAGACAGAACUCAUUUUAGUUGUUUAUAUGGUAGAGACUCGAUUUCAUCAGCAGUCUGCCGUUGCCAUAUCGCAAAUUUUAGACCAGGACUAGGCAGAUAUUUUUGUUUCCCAAUAUUUACAAACGGCUACCUUAUUUGGAACACGUCGAUAUAUUAAAAUACUAUUUGUUGAAAUAAUGACAGCUCUAAAAUUUGGGUGUAAAAAUGGGUACAAGGUUAUACGCGUGAAAAUGAGGGAUCUUGCGAAUCGUUGCUGAAAAGUGGACGAAGCAGUGGCGUAGCUAUGAUACGGCAGUUCGAUGCGGCGCACCGGGGCCCCAUUCUGUUUUUACCCACUUUUAAGAUAAAAUAGGUACUCGUUUUCAUUGGAAGACCGAAGAUUCGCUGAAAAUAAUUCUAUAAUAUAUAAUUUUUAUAAAUAAGUAUAUAAUUUCGAUUGCAUGUUUUUACUCAAGGGCCCCCAAUGAAAAUCUGGCACCGAGGCCCCAAGAACCGUAGCUACGCCACUGGGACUAAGAGCGGGUGCGAUUUGUGAAUAUGUUGGUGCUAGUUUAUAGAAUGUAGAAUAACAAAUAAAUUAUUUUAAAGUAUGUUUCAAAAUAAUCAGCCAUAUUAAUAAAUGAACUGAGAGUUAAGUUACGUCGAUAAUUUUUGAUAACAUUUUCUCAAAAAUUACACAUGUGGCAUUAAAAUUAUCUAAAAUAUGUAUUACAAGGCAAUGAUAAAAUGCACUUUGAAAGUAAUAUAGCAUUUCUUUGCAACAUAAAAAAAAGGAGUACAAUAUAGGAGUUUAUGAUUUCUGUUCAUAUAUUUUAUAAAAUAUUAAUCUCAUUUUGUAGUUGGAAAGAUCGUUGGAAUAAAUAAUAAAUAAACUUCGGAACUGUAUGCCACACGUCUAAAACGUCGUCGCUAUAAUAGAUUUUUAAUAAAAGUUAAAGUAGCUCGAAUCUACGAUUUAUCACCAAAUACUAAUAAUAUAUUCCAUAAAAUAUUCAAAGAAAAUAAUAUUGUAAAGCAUACUAGAGAUAAUAAUGUUUCUGGUAAUCUCAUCAAAAAAUGAAGUCUCAAUAGGCUUUUGAACAUAUAAUAGUGCCAAGCACUAGGAAUACAAAUGACAGUUAUUAUUGUUACGCAAUGUAAAUAGUAUUUUAUGUUUUAAGUAUAUUUUAUUAUGUGUACUGUAGUCAGCUAGAGCAUUGGUACAGCUAGAAAUAUGAGCAAAAAAUGGUCCGUUAUUAAAUCACAACUUAGGGAGAAGAACUAUAACUUCUGAGAGAUAUAUUUCUAAUUUCUAAUCAGAAUAAAUACCUUUAAAGUUCAAAUUAUUAUUGUCGCGGUUAUUCCUCUCAAGCACACAUCACCAAUGUUAUCAAGCAUUACCAUAUGACAUAACCAAAAUUCUACUUGCACCUGCACUAGUUGACCACUGUUCAUCUGUACAUACAUGCAUAAGUAAAUUUUACAAAUUUGUGUAUUAUAGUUAUUUUUUGUAAUAAAUUUGUUUUGUAAUAUAUUAUACUAAAGUAAAACAAUAUUUUUAUGACGAGAAAUGAAUAUAUACUUUUUCAAAA